AUGAACGCAGAUGUGAUUAAGAGGUCAAAUCCAGCUGAUGACUAUGAGCUUCUACAACGUGUUGGAUCGGGUACUUACGGUGAAGUAUAUAAGGCUCGCGAUAUUAGAAAUCAAUCGUUGGCCGCCGUGAAAGUGGUCAAACUUGAAGCCGGAGAUAAUUUUGCGGUUAUUCAACAAGAAAUAAUGGUUAUUAGGGCAUGUUCACAUAAGAAUAUUAUAGCCUAUUAUGGAAGUUAUAUUAGGAGAGAUCGUUUAUGGAUUGUAAUGGAGUACUGCGGUGGCGGAAGCUUGCAAGAUAUUUAUCACUUAACCGGACCUCUUUCCGAGCUUCAAAUUGCUUUCGUCUGUCGCGAAACUUUACGAGGCCUUGACUAUCUACACAAAAUUGGCAAAAUCCAUAGAGAUAUAAAAGGAGCGAAUAUUCUACUAACUUGUUCCGGUGAUGUGAAACUAGCCGAUUUUGGUGUGGCUGCGCAAAUAACAGCCACAAUUGGUAAGAGAAAAUCAUUUAUCGGCACACCCUACUGGAUGGCCCCCGAGGUGGCUUGUGUUGAAAAACGCGGCGGUUAUGGAAUGCAAUGCGAUGUUUGGGCGACUGGAAUCACGGCGAUCGAGCUCGGAGAAUGUCAGCCGCCGUUAUUCGAUCUUCAUCCGAUGCAAGUCCUCUAUUUGAUGACAAAGAGCAGCUACAAACCGCCACAUCUCAAAGACAAGCAUCGAUGGCCGUCGCCUGAAAAACUGCUGACGACUCACCCAUUUGUGUUGGGCUCACUUUCUUCCAGAAUGACGAGAGAUCUUCUAGACAAGGUCAAUGGAAGCUCUUCUGAUGUAUAUGACCGUAUGUCCCGCACUGUUGAUGAUUUAACUGAGGAAGAAAGUGAUUUGGAUGAGGGGCCUCCUCCAUUAAGGACGCCUGACGCGGCUCCAAUACGCGUCGGACUUCCAUCGCAUUUGAACGGGCUACGCCUUGACGCGAAAUGUCUCGAAAAUUUAAAUUCCUCGCCGUCCUCGUCAUCUUCGGAUGUGGAUUUUAAGACACCAAUUGAAAACCGAGGAAUUGGCUACGGUUAUCACUCGGACCGAACAUUGCCCGCAAAAGAAAUGGCCCCGCUGCCUGAUGUUGUUGGAGGCGAUGCUCUUCUACAAGGCGGUGAUGGAGUCAUUCUUGAUCCCGAUGAGACCAUUCGUGCGCCAAGACCACCCCCAAGAACGCUAAGAGCAGCACAGAAAGCGGCGGAAAACAAAAUGAAUUUGGCGCUGCUGACUCCAACUGAGGACGUUCCCACGACAUUCUUUGGGAUGCCGAUUACGCCAAAAGUGCCUAUGGGAGCGUGCUUCUUCAAAGUUGUCGAUGGAACCGAUUUGACAGUGAACUGCUCGGCUUCAUGGGUUCAUCCAUUGAGUGGAGCACAUCUGCUGCUGUUUGGAACCGAGCAAGGGAUUUAUUCAUUAGACACGGGAGCUAUGGAUGGUAAUUUGGUUAAGAUUCAUCAUCGGAGAUGCUCAUGGAUGUUUGUGUAUUCCGAUAGAUUGAUUUCAAUUCAAGGAAAUACACCAUAUUUAUAUAGGCACGAUCUAGUUGCAUUGACCCAAAAGAAUUUAACAUUGAAAAUGAGCAAAAAUUUGAAUAAAAUUCCUGAGAAAUAUGUUCCCAAAAGGCUUGCAAUUACUGUGAGGAUGCCUGAAACCCGAGGAGCUGUACAGUGUACUGUAAAGCGAGGGGAAGGCGCCCAAGCGAACUCACUUUUCCUGUGCUGCGUGGUUCCGAAUGCUGUUCACCUUUUCCAGUGGUAUAAACCGAUGCAGCAGUUUGUCCUGAUACGCACAGAACAACUACAAUCUGAUAUGAGAUUUCCAAUCAAACCAUUUGCGCUCAUCAAUACCCGAACCUCAGACUUUCCGCAAUUGUGCAUUGGCGUUGGAAAAAUGGCGCUCGCCGAUGAAUAUCGCUUCAAUAUCAUCAAUUUCUGCUCGAGACCAAAAAAUUCCGAUCCGGCCACAGACUUUGGGGUUCUUGGUGAAGACGAGAUUCUCGAAGUUCGUCAAAUGCAUCAAAUUGACAGAAACACGUUGUGUUUUGCAUUCCGAAAUAAGGUGGUUCUUACUGAUUUGCAAGGAGUCGAAAAACCGAAACCUUCUGUUUUCACAUUCAAUUUCCACAUUGAAUAUCUUCACGUUGUCGACGGGUCGAUUUUAGCAUUCCACUCAAACGGAGUCCAAGGACGAGAUUUGAAGACAAAUGUAAAUACACAGGAUCUUUGUGAUAUAUCGAAGCUUUACCGCGUCAUUGGUGAUGAUAGAGUAAUCGUUGUCAAGUCACAAACACUGUCUCCAAAUAACAAAUCGGGUGACGUUUGUGAUAUUUGCUUGCUUACUGGACAUACAGAUACCCUUGCAUAUUAUCCGGAUGCAUAG